AUGUACCAGGCCAUCCGCUCCGCCCUGCAUACGACCCUCGAGAAGGACCCGUUGGCGAUGGUGUUUGGCGAGGACGUCUCGUUCGGCGGCGUCUUUCGCUGCACGAUGGGUCUCGCAGACAGCUUCGGCGAGGAGCGCGUCUUCAACACCCCUUUGACGGAGCAGGGCAUCGCGGGCUUUGGCAUCGGCUUGGCGACCAUGGGCCACACGGCGGUUGCAGAGCUACAGUUCGCCGACUACAUCUUCCCGGCGUUUGACCAGAUCGUGAACGACGCAAAGUACCGCUUCCGAUCAGGCGGCAUGUUCAACUGUGGCUCUCUCACUUUCCGCAGCCCCUGUUCCGCCGUCGGGCACGGCGGCCUCUACCACAGCCAGAGCCCCGAGGCGUACUUCUUGCAGGCGUCAGGCGUCAAGGUCGUCGUGCCGAGGAGCCCGAUCCAGGCCAAGGGCUUGCUGCUCGCCGCGAUCCGCGACCCGAAUCCCGUCCUCUUCCUCGAGCCCAAGAUCCUGUACCGCUCGGCCGUCGAGCAGGUCCCGACAGGCGACUACGAGCUGCCGCUGUCGUCGGCCGAGAUCUUGCGCGAGGGCGCCGACUUGACGAUCGUGUCGUACGGCCCGCCACUGUACACGAUCGAGACGGCGCUGCACCACCUCAAGCACCCGAGCGAGGAGCUCGCUCCCCUCAUCCCGGAGAGCUUGCGCAACCUGAGCGUCGAGCUCAUCGACCUUCGCACCAUCGUCCCUUACGACAUCGAGACGGUCGUCAAGAGCGUCAACAAGACGGGCCGGUGCAUCGUCGUCCACGAGGCGCCGCAGUCGGGCAGCGUCGCGAGCGAGCUCUCCGCCGAGAUCCAGCAGCGGUGCUUCCUCCGCCUCGAGGCGCCCGUCAAGCGUCUCACCGGGUGGGAUACGCCGUUCGGGCUCGCCUACGAGAAGUUCUAUCUGCCCGACCACAUCCGCAUCCUCGACGGCAUCGUCGAGACGAUGCGGUACUAGCCUCCUCGAGCUCUUUCCGUCUCUCUCUCUCUCUCUCUCUGUGUAGAACUGGUGAAUAAAUCAUGUGCAGUG